AUGGCACGCCCUGAUCCUCAUCCUCUUGCCAUAUUCUCGUUAUGUCCCUAUUCGGAAAAUGAGGGAGCCAUGCUUUGCAUCAACCAUCCGGAAAAUUUGCACAAUGUUUCAAGGCAACAGAAAGGUGGAUACGGUCUCGAUGUCGGCUUUCAUCUGCCCGGAUCAUCGAGCGGAACUCUGGCAACACUAGGGCGAGGUAUCGGGGUCGACAUCUACUUGGCAGGAUCGGCAAUAUCACGUAUACAGUGUACGUUCGAGAUCGACUUGAAUACUGGCUUCAUAAUGCUAUCCGAUAGAUCGUCAACUGGCUCAACUCAAGUCUUUGGUAAUGAUGCUCUACCAUUCGAGCGCGAACGCCACCAACGGAGAAUCCUCGUGCAGGCAAACCUAAAUACGAGGAUUGGGAUCGGCGGCGUGCGACACGAUCUCAUUCAAUUCGAGUUGAUGUGGCAUCAGGAUCCCAUGCAAAUAACGACCAUCAUUAAACAGAAUCACAUCAUACUCCGUAGUGUUGCAACGAAUCCACGAGUGGCUCGAACGGAGGACGAGCCGCCAACCGAACUGCCGUCUCAACGGGAGACCAGACUACACACCCCAGGCCAGCUGCCGGCAAUCAUGCGAUAUGUUACAGUGGGACAUAAGCUUGGAGAAGGGGCGUUUGGUACAGUCCACCAAGCUAUCGAUGUAGACUCGGGAAAUAUCAUGGCCGUCAAGGUGAUCAAACGGCCCAAAGGGUUACAGCAGCAAGCCCACUGGAAGAACUUGUUGAGGCGUGAAAUCGAAAUACUCUCUCAGUUAAAUCAUCCUCACAUUGUUGAUUACAUUACGUCGCAACAUUGGAAUGAGCCGCAGGUAGAAAUCUUCAUGGGCCUGAAGGAAGGUACUCUACAAUCGUUAAUCGAGUGUGGAUCCUUUCAACCCUUUGUCAUUGCCAAUAUUGUACUUCCGCAAAUGCUGCAAGCGCUCGAUUGCAUUGCAUCGAACAGAAUCGUUCAUCGAGACGUAAAACCAGAGAAUAUUCUGUAUGUCACUGAUCCAAACGACCGGUCCCAAAUACUUUUCCAGUUAGGAGACUUUGGGCUCGCCAAAUACAUUGUCGAUCCUGCGUCGUUUGCGGGUAGCCGCAUUUUCAUGGCCCCCGAGAUGUUUCAGGGCGGGAGUAACACCACCAAACUAGAUAUUUGGUCACUCUUUGUCACAAUGAUGUGGACAUUGGACACGCAGGGGUUCCGACAGAACCAAACCUAUUACCAGAGCCAACCUGAAACGACUGUUCAACGUCUCAUCUACCUUAGGGACGAAGAAAUUACUUUCUCAUACUUCAACGGUGCCGAUGAGAGGAUAGAUUCACCAUUAUUCUUUGCUGCUACGCUCACAGUCUGGGACGACAACCUAAAGAACACACAUAGAUUAAUCAAACCUCAGAUCUGA